AUGACAACUAAGAGGGAKGGUARGGCGUAUAUCCUUCUUUUCACCUGCAGUCUAACAAGAGCCGUACAUAUYGAGUUGCUGUCCGACCAGAGUACAGAGGGAUUCAUCACAGCUUUGAAGCGGUUCAUAGCUCGUCGAGGAAGACCCUGCAAGAUAUACUCAGAUAAUGGGAGGAGUUUUGUCGGAGCGGAGCGGUGGCUGCGAAAGAUCAUGGAAGAUGAGAAGGCCCAAAACUACCUAGCACAUCAAUCCAUAGUGUGGCAGUUCAACCUAAGUAGAGCCCCAUGGUGGGGUGGGCAGUUUGAGAGGUUAGUGGGCAUCGUUAAACAAGCAUUGUAUAAGGCAGUGGGAAGAGCAGUCCUUAAGUGGAAAGAGCUGGAAGAAGUGAUGUUAAAUGUAGAGAUAGCGAUCAACAACCGGCCCCUUGCGUACGUCGAAGAUGACGUGCAGCUGCCUGUAUUAACACCAAACUUGAUGAUAUGUGGGCAGCCCAACUUCAUCCCAGAGGUGGAAGCUGAGUCAGUCGAAAGCAUAGAUUUAAGAAAACGAGCAAAGUACCUACGCCGAUGCAAGGAUGUUCUGUGCUCACGCUGGACCAAGGAGUACGUACGAUGUUUGAGGGAACGACAUAAUCUCAAGCACAAUUCCAAGGAGCUACGACUAAAGAUAGGAGACGUGGUGUUAAUCCAAGGUGACGAGCGGAAUCGGGGCAGGUGGAGCAUAGGUAUCGUUGAGAAGCUGAUCAAGGGUAGAGAUGGAGUAGUAAGAGCGGUGAGGCUGAGAGCGGGAAAAUCGUACCUCGAGCGAGCGCCUCAGCAGCUGUGCCCCAUGGAGUUGUCUUGUGAUAGACAACCAAGCACUCCAUUGCGGUUGAACCGUAUAGCUAGAGAGUUUCGCCCAAGAACGGCAGCUCAAGCAGCAAGACAACGAGUCAAGGAAAUCGUGCAAGCAGAAGAACAAAACUUAUAA